AGAUGUCAACCCAAACUUUCUUUCACAACAGUUGAUAACUGAAGAUCUGAUGGUGAAGCUGUCCUCUACUAAAGCUCUACCAGGUUUUUCACAAGUUGAUGUUUCGUCUCUUUCAUGCAAAAGGAGAUGCAUCUUAUGCAGAAAGACUUUUUGAUUUUAUUUGGUGCAAAAAAAAAGAAAGAUGUGUCCUCAGCAUAAGACAGACAAGUUAAAUUAUAGGAUUGAACGAUGAAACUCAGAGGGUGUGAGGCAUGAAAAGAAAGGGGCAGAGAGCAGAUCCCUGUGGAACACCAGUGGAAAUGUUGUCCACCCCUGACCACCACUGCCAGUAUACUCUGAAAGUUCACAGAGAUAAAUUAGAUUCAAGACAGUUGAGAGUUGCACCAUAAAUGUCAAGUUUACUAAACAUAAAAAUAAGGAUUUAGUGAUUUAGUUCAUGUGAGUAAAAUAGUCCAAGACAGAAGACAAUCUGGUUAAAAAGAGCUGUGAGGUGAUACUAGAACCAUUUUGAUGUGUCUUGCUCAGUCAAGCAGGAAUGUUUGGAAGUAUCACAGUGGCUCGUCUAGUGGGUAGAACUAAGGACUGAUGGCUGCUAGCUUAUUGGAGAAGUUGAAGAAUUCAGUAAGACCCGAGGAUGGAGAAGGAGGACAGAGAUGGAGAAGAGAUGUGAAGGUGAGCGUUUUUUUGUGCAAUCGAACAGUGAAUAGCUGCCUGCUCCACUGACUGCUGCAUUUUCUCAUGUGAACUGAUGAACACCAAUAUUGUGAACAAAUGUGACUUUGGCUCGACCCGCCUUUGUUGUGACGUCACAAGAGAGUGGUCAUAAAGUGUCCGCCGGCAGUCAGGAGGACACACUGGCAUUAUGUUGUGUCGAGCUUUUCUGCUGCAGGCGGUCAGAUAUGCAUCCACCAGCAGACAGGUGGGUGUCCUCUUUGACGUGGACGGUGUGCUCCUCCGUGGGGGUACUGUGAUUCCAGCUGCUCGCCGAGCUCUCAGUAAGCUCGUGGAUGAAAACAACAACUUCCUGUUUCCUGUCGUAUUUGUCACCAAUGCAGGAAGUUGUCAGAGACUCCACAAGGCGCGGCAGCUGUCUCGCCUCCUGGACGUUCAUGUUUCACCUGAGCAGGUUGUUCUGUCCCACAGUCCUCUAAACAUGAUGAAGAGCUUCCACAAUAAGUGUGUGCUGGUGUCGGGACAGGGACCAGUGACCAGCAUCGCCCAAUCUUUGGGCUUCAAAAAAGUGGUCACCAUUGAAGAGCUGUCACAACAUCACCCCCUACUGGACAUGGUGGACCAUAACAGAAGACCCACAGCCCCUCUGUCUCCUUUGGAAGAUCUGCCCCAAAUACAAGCCAUCAUCCUGUUUGGAGAGCCGGUCCGAUGGGAGACCAACCUGCAGCUUCUGGUUGAUGUCCUGUUGACUGAUGGGAGACCCGGCAGCAUUCAUGACCCCCAGCUUUCCUCUCAGCUGCCCAUCCUCGCCUGCAACAUGGACCUGCUUUGGAUGGCUGAGGCCCCAUCGCCACGGUUUGGUCAUGGGAUGUUCCUGCUGUGUCUGGAGGCGGUUUACAGGAAACUCACCGGUCGAGAGUUGCAGUACGAGACCCUGCUGGGAAAACCUAGUCUGCUCACGUAUCAGUACGCUGAGCGGCUGUUGCGAACACAGAAUCACAACCGCAAGCUGUCCACCAUUUAUGCAGUCGGUGACAACCUGAUGACGGACGUCUAUGGUGCUAACCUGUACAACCGCUACCUGGGUCAGCAGCCUGAGGCCAUGAAGAGUGGAGCCAAACUUGUUGCCCUGGGAACAGGGAGCCCCAUAACCAUGGAGGAGCAGGAGCUGGUGUCUGCUGCUGAGUGUCGCUCCAUACUGGUAUGCACGGGUGUUUAUAACCCUCACUCCCCAUUACCUAGCAACCAGAACAGUAGCAUCACAGAGAUGGUGUCCCAUGGUCACAGAGACCUGGUCCUGGAGCCGGAUCUUUUGGAGCCAAGUCGGGUGGUGGAGGAUGUGGAGGCUGCUGUUGACUUAAUGCUACAGCAGGAGAGCUCUGAUGCUUGAUACCAGUCAUGCGUCUGGCUGAAGUCGAUAUAUAUAUCUGUCUCCCACCUGACGGUGGACCUCUACGUGUGAAGCUCAUUUUGGAUGUCAGCCAUAGAUGGGUUUCUGCAGAUUUUUAUCUUUUGACCAUGAAAAAUAAACAGUUUCAA